AUGUCACUAAUGAUGUAUAUUAUUUUCGCAGUUCUGGCCUUUCUGGCGGUCGCCAGCGCCAAGCUCAUCGGUGACUUAGAAGCUGGUCUUAGUGAAAUAGGAGCUGGUCUUGGAGCCGACUUUGGCAAGAUUGGGGCUGAACUUGGAGCCGGAGUUGAAGGUAUCGAAGCUGGUCUUGUCCUCGGUGGGCAUGACUAUUUUCUAAUUCUGUAUUAUUUCGAUCUACAGAUCAUUUUCGCAGUUCUGGCUUUCCUGGCGGUCGCCAGCGCCAAGCCUUUCCUCGAUGACUUAGGAGUUGGUCUUGGUGAAUUAGGAGCUGGUCUUGGAGCCGGCCUUGGCAACAUCGGGGCAGGACUUGGAGCCGGAGUUGAAGGUAUCGGAGCUGGUCUUGGCCUCGGCGGGCAUGGUGGCGGUAUCGGAGGGUUGGGUGGUAUUGCCGGCCUGGGCGGUCGUGGUGGCAGAUACUAA